AUGCUGGCAAUAGGCGCCAAGGAUGCCCGCGCAAGUAUACGUUUACUAAUUCUCGAUUCAACAGCCAUUCUGAUAUCAAAUUUCUCCGCCGCCGUUGAUACUGGCCUCUCAGCAUCUACUCAUACUGCCGUUGCCUCGGCUUUCCGCCACACGAACCUCUCAUCAUGGCCAGUCAACUCUUUCGUUGUCGCCUCAAUGACAGUGCAGCCUCUCUAUGGGCGGACUUCCGACAUUGUAGGCCGUAAAGUUCCUUAUUGCAUUGCAUCGGCACUUUUUGCCGCAGGUAUCGUCCUGAGCUCGUUUGCCUUGAAUUGGGAGAUGUUGAUUCUGGCGAGAGCGCUAUGCGGCUUGGGCUCUGCUGGUGUUACCACAAUGGGUUCUGUUGUUCUUACCGACGCGGUUGGAUUAGCAAAGAGAGGAUACUACCAAUCCAUUAAUUACGCUGUAUAUGGUGGAGGCGCAGCCCUUGGGUCUGCAUUUGGAGGAGCUAUUGUACAGCAGCUUGGAUGGGACUGGGUGUACAAAACACAAAUACCCAUCUCAUCACUAUCAUUGGUUCUUUUGUGCUGCUUGAUUCCCGCUCAGCACGAGACAAUAAAGCAAAAUUCCGGGCAAUCGCGACUACAAGCAAUCUUUCGAGAAUUCGAUUGGCGAGGAUCAGCCUGUCUAAUGCUUACGCUUAUCUGCUUAUUUGUCUUCUUAACCUUGGGGGGCAACGUUUAUCCAUGGACUCAUUCCCUCAUUCUCAUUAUAGGUUUGCUUACAUUAGUCUUGGCCGCAGCUUUUGUCCUCGUCGAGAGGCAUGCGGUACGACCUGUCCUUCCGCUGUAUCUUCUCAUCCAGUUUCCUGCCUGUAAUAUCAUGGUGACGGGUUUUCUUACAUCCUUUAUUAACUAUUCGGUUCUGUUCAACACAACACUGUUCUUCCAAACAGUACAUCUGGACUCUGGCCAAGACGCUGGCUUCCGACUGCUGGUGCCAUCAAUUUCGUUUACUGUUGCGAGUUGUGCAACAGGAUUUAUCAUCGCGCGGCGUGGUAGUCCCGAGCUGACACUCCAACUGGGGCAAGGCUUCCUCUUUGUUGGCACAUCAGGACUGGUUUUCAUGGCAGCCAUGUUCCGGACGCUCAAUAUGCCAGGCUGGCUAUAUAAUAUUAUGCUAAUCUUUCCGAUUGUUGGCGUGGGAAUGCUGGCAUCAAGCACAGUUCUCGCGCUACUAAACGUUACACCUAGCAAGGACCAAGCCGUCGCAAACGGUGGGCUGAUUAUGCUGAGGUCGCUAGGAAUAUUCAUUUCAACAGCCUUUAGCACCACUGUUUUACAAAAUAUCUUCCUAGCUACCAUCAACCUAGAUCAGUAUAAUGAACAGCAAAAGCAGAUUAUAGAGACUGUCCGUCAAGAGGCAGGGGAAUUACUUUCAGUUGAAGAACCCUUGAAAUCGCAAAUUGUAACAUCAUAUCAGCAAGCAUUCACAGCUGUUUAUGCAUUAUGUGCUAUUGAUGCAAUAAUUCUUAUAACUUGUUUAUGGAGGGUAAGAGUAGGAGGUUUCAACAAGGGUCAAAGUAAAUAA